UCGGGGCUCUUGCAUGAAACAGGCACAAGUUCCUAAUGCCGGGGAAAUACAGAGUGGGUGGCAAAGGGCACAUUCAUCCUCCCAGCACCCUGGGAGGUAAGUGUCAACAGCCCCCCCACCUCCUUUGACUGGGCAGGAGGCAGAGGCAGAGAGGAGCAAGUGACUUACCCAAGCUCACACAGAGCCUGAAUUAGAAACCAGGAGUCCCUGGCUCCCAGAGUCAUGCACCCUCCCCCCAGGUAACUCUCUAGCCAGGUCAGCAAUAUCACAAGAGCCAAUACACGAGCGCCUCCUGGACUGCAGCAGAUGAGGCGCUGUCCCUUUAAGAGGGAACCCAUUCUGCCUGCUCUCUGCUCUAGCAGAGCCCUGCCAGCAUUAGUUACUUGCCUGCGACAGACCAAUCCAGAACGGUGCCGCUAUCUCAGGAGCAGCAAGCGAGAAAGCUCCGCCCAGUCUGGCCAGAGGAUGGACACCCUCCCUGAAGCUGUCCUGAUCCAGAUCCUGGCCUCCAUCCCUGCGGUGGAGCUGGUGCUGGUGUGCCGCCUGGUCUGCUGCCAGUGGAAGAACCUUGUGGAUGGAGCAGCUCUCUGGAUCCUGAAGUGCCAGCAGGAGGGCUUCACCGGGACAGAGCCUAAAGAGGAGGCCGAGAACUGGCAAACGUUCUACUUCCUGAGUAAGAGGAAGAGGAAUUUAAUCAAGAACCCCUGCGGUGAAGAGGAUUUAGAGCACUGGGGGGAAGUGGAGAACGGAGGCGAUGGCUGGAAAAUUGAAGACCUGCCAGGAGACUUUGGAAAAGAAUUUCCCAGUGAUGGAGUCCACAAAUACUUCGUCACUUCCUACGAGUGGUGCCGCAAGUCUCAGGUCAUCGACCUCAGGGCUGAGGGAUACUGGGAGGAGCUGCUGGACACAACCCAGCCUAAAAUUGUGGUAAAGGACUGGUACGCGGGUCGCAGCGACGCCGGCUGCCUCUACCAGCUGCAUGUGAAGCUGCUGUCGGAGCAUGAGGACGUCCUGGCCGAGUUCCAGAGCGACACCAUCGCCAUUCCACAGGACAACGCCGCCGACUGGACUGAGCUCUCCCACACCUUCUCCAACUACGGCCCCGGGGCUCGCUUUGUGUGCUUUGAACAUGGCGGCCAGGACACGCUCUUCUGGAAGGGAUGGUAUGGGGUCCGCGUGACCAACAGCAGCGUGACGGUGGAGCCCUAGCUGGGCCAUGGCCCCUCAAGCCAGACCGGGUCCCAUUCACCACAGCUGACCCCUUGGGUCCUCCAUGGGCUUCGGAUAGUUUCUGCGUGGUGCUGCUUCCAGAAAUGAGGCGGGAGCUCCAG